GGCGUCCGGAAGUCGAAAGUCGAGGCGGCCAUCAAACUUUGGUCAUGCACUCUCAUGUGCACUGCUUUUGUCUCGCGGCUAAGAUUUUCUGAACGGUGUUUCCCUUUGAGACAACGCUAUGGCGACGUUGGCUGGACGUGUUUCAUCGCGACAUCUUCGAGCCAAGGUGGUGGUUAUGUCGCCUGCUAUGUCAACGCCACGGGGCUGCACCCGCUGUUCUCAUUAGAUCUAUGCAACCGUAAAGACACUGCCUCGUUGAACGGUAUGGUUUUCUCAUUGGAGUAAGAUGUUUUGGAGUAGCAUCUUAUACAACGAUCGCAGCUCUGCUUCAGACAUGCGGUCGUUGUAUACGGGUACUAUGCUGCGAUACUUUCACAUUCACACGACAGCCUCACGAGGGCGCGCAGUUUGGAAGUGGAGAGAAGAUCAAUGUAUACUGCUCCUCAAACGGUGUGAGCCGCAUACUUGCAAGCUUCCAAGCAACAAGCACGCAUAUCGACUUAUAAUAAGGGCCUGGGGAUUACGUCUGCACGAGGAUGAUACUCAUGCACCAUGCAUGCUUCCUAUGACCCAAGCAUCGCCAUGCUGGUGCUUGGUGCUCUGGCCGCCCUCAUCGCGCACGCUGGGGAACUGCCACGGGUCGAACUGCUCUGGGUUAGGAUGGAACUGUUCGUCGAGGUUAGUUCGCCCCCAUCCGCGAACGUGUACUUUGCUCCUGCUUUCCGUUUCAGGAAUCCUAUCAAAGGAGCACAGUGAAAUCAUCACUGAGACCGGGUCCAACCAUGCUCUCGCACUACCGAAAGUACCAGUGGGAGAAGAGGAUGCGGUGAAGCACAGGUACUGCAUUUAAACUGGGUAUUAUAUCGUCAUUUCCAUCGCAUUUGGAAAGCGAGACGAUGUU